AUGUACGAAGGGAUUUACAACCUGAAAUCCCUUUACGACCGUGCCGGGAAGACUUUCUCCGGCGGUCCUUCUGCGGCACAGGAUGUGCCGCGUCGUACUGCUCAACCAGACCCAGUGUGUCGAUCAUCAGUUGGGAGUGGGGCUCCCAAGUAUCCCAAGACGGGGCAUAGCCGCUCCACCGGACGAGAUAACUCGUCCGACGUCCGUUCACGUCGCGGUGGUUCAACAGCUGCUCAACUAGAUAGCGCUGGCCACCGCGAGAGUCCUCUAAUGGAGGUGGAGGAGGAGGAAAGACGCUCUCCACACGAUCAUGUGGAUCGGUGUGUUUCCGAGAGCUUCUUUGAUCGCGUGACGCAAGGGUUACGCAACGAUCUCGAACAUGAGCGGAACAGGCGUCUCCAAAUGGCGGACACUGUCUUGAAGCAUCGAGCUGAGUUUGCCUUUGCUCAGCUUGAGAACGAGAGAGCUUUGACAUCUCUUCGUGACGAGCUAAGGGUAGCUCGUGGGAUUGUUGAUCGGUCUCGGGAUGAGAUAACUGCUCUUCAGACACUUGUUGAUAUCCACCAUCGGGAACACAAGGCUCUCUGUGAGAUACUUGAGCGCAAGGGCGUUCUUCAUCGGAAGAAACAGCGUACUGAUGGUACGGCGUACUCCGACCAACGUAAAACGUGGGAUGCGUUCGCCUCUUACGUGGCAGUUCGAUCGUGUAUGCGUUGCCUAGGCGAUGCAAUACACGAAAUGGACCGAUGUACUUGGGUAGUAGUUUACUACUACCCAAGUUAG